CUGAUGUUAAUCCCGCCCCUACAGUGCUCAGCGUUGUUUAGGGACAUUAGGAAGAUGGCGGCUGCCCCGCUCUACUGUGUCUGCCGGCAGCCCUAUGAUUUUAACCGGUUUAUGAUCGAAUGCGACAUUUGUAAAGACUGGUUCCACGGCAGUUGUGUUCAGGUAGUGGAGCACCAUGCUGCUGAUAUCGAUGUUUAUCACUGUCCCAACUGUGAGCCCAUCCACGGACCCUCCAUGAUGAAAAAGCGUAACAACUGGCACAGGCAUGACUACACGGAGCCAAAUGAUGGCACACGCCCCGUUCAGGCAGGAACUGCUGUGUUUGUACAGGAACUCCAGACCAGGAGCUUUGCCAGUGGCGAUGAGAUUCUGGUGCCGAUGCAUGGGAGCCAGGUGACCCAAUGCUACCUAGAGAGGGAGGGCUUCCAUUACCCCAUUGUGGUCCAUGACCUGGAUGGACUGGGGCUUAAACUGCCCCCUCCCUCGUUCUCUGUCAGCGAUGUGGAGCAUUACGUGGGUGCAAAUAAAGUCAUUGACGUGAUUGAUGUCGCAAGACAGGCAGACAGCAAGCUCAAGCUGGGAGAGUUUGUGAAAUAUUACUACCAGCCCGAAAGACCAAAAGUGUUGAAUCUCAUCAGCCUGGAGUUCUCUGAUACAAAGAUGUCAAAUUUGGUGGAGGUUCCUGAAAUUGCACGGAAGAUGUCCUGGGUUGAGAACUACUGGCCUGAUGACUCGUUCUUCCCCAAACCAUUUGUGCAGAAGUAUUGUCUCAUGGGAAUGAAAAACAGUUACACAGACUUCCACAUCGAUUUUGGAGGAACUUCAGUGUGGUAUCAUGUUCUCUGGGGAGAGAAGAUUUUCUACUUGAUCAAGCCGACUAAGGCUAACCUUGCACUAUAUGAGUCCUGGAGCUCAUCACCCAAUCAGAGCGAAGUAUUCUUUGGGGACAAAGUCGACAAGUGUUACAAAUGUGUGGUGAAGCAGGGAACUACCAUCUUCCUCCCCACUGGUUGGAUCCAUGCAGUGCUCACUUCUCAGGAUUCCAUGGCGUUUGGUGGGAACUUCUUGCAUAACUUAAACAUAGGCAUGCAGCUCAGGUGUUAUGAGAUGGAACGCAGACUGAAGACUCCAGAUCUCUUUAAGUUCCCCUACUUUGAGGCCAUCUGCUGGUAUGUGGCCAACAACCUUCUGGAGACCCUUAAAGAGCUGCGGGAGGAUAAAUGUCAACCUCACUAUUAUAUAGUGUAAAAGCUGAAAGCUUUAAUCUCAUCACUGAAGACGUGGCUGAGGAGGGAGUUAACUCAACCCAACAGUGAGGUUCCAGACAAUAUCAGGCCAAGCCGUCUCAUUAAAGCUCUGACCAAGGAGAUCCGCUACCUGGAGGAUGAAUCGAAUAAAGUUGGAAAAUCUCAGGGAAGUGCUGAGUGGCCUUUAGCACGCUCAUCACUGGAGAAGGGAUAUCAGGCACAGCGGGCCGCUCGGCAGCUACGAGACCAUCAUCACCGACACCACCAUCAUCAUCAUUAUCACAGCCGCAAACUGCCCUCUAACUUGGACGUCUUGGAGCUUCACACGCUGGAGGUAUUGAAGAGACUGGAGGUCGGACCUCUUGAGGAGGACCCAGCCUUCAGCUCCAAAGUGAAUGGCAAGUUCAAGAAAGUGUCUGCAGUAGCUGUUGAGGGUAGUCAUGACAAUGCCCUGCGCCUGGUGCUAUGUGAUGGCAAAAUUAUGCGGGAGAGGUUAUCUAUCAGUAAUGCGGCAGCCAAAGAGAGUAGAGUGGAAAUGUUCCAGUAUCAUCAACACGGGAUCAAAUUUGAAAGCCUGCUGAUGUACCCACAAGAAAAAGUGAAAAAAGAAAAGCUAGAGGAUGAAUUAAGAGUGCACUGCACUAUCAAGAAACCAGUCAAUUACAGUCUAACUGUGCAGACAGAACUCAGGACAGAGUCGGCACAUGAAGAGUCUUCAGACAGUGACUCGGAGUCAGAAGCAGAAGAUUCUGCCGAGAAACGCUCAGAGUCUGAGAGUUCUGAGGAAGAGGAUGGAGGAAGCAAGAGAGACUCAGGGAGUUUUGUGGAGCAUCUGAGCGGCCGGCAGCACGGCCACCAGAAUCACGCGCUAAAACGAGAACGUCCUACCUCACCGAGCACAGCUGAUGCCAUUCAGGGCAUGCUGUCUAUGGCAGGGCUGCUGUGUCAGCAGGCAUCAGCAGGGGGCGAUAUUUUACAGCAGCACUGGUGGUCCAGUCAGGGUAACAGUAACAGCAACAGCAGCAGUGACACGUGGGACAGCAGUGAACCCUGUUCAGCACCCCGCAGCCCGGAGGGAGAGGAUGGGAGCCUCGGAGAGGAAUAUUCAUAUAGAGAGAGCUCACUUUCUCCUCCCCUCCACCCCUCCAAAAGACACGCCCCCAACCCCACACCCAUCAGCAACCAGGCCACUAAAGGAAAGCGUCCUAAGAAAGGACAGGCGACGACUAAACAGAGGCUUGGGAAGAUUAUGAAAAUGAGCCGCCAUAAAGGUUUAUUCCUGUAGCAUGACGAGGGAAAGAAUGAGGCGUGUAAUAAAUCAACACAGCUGCUUUUCUUUAUACACACACACGCAGUUCUCUUACACACUGUGCAUGUUUAGGUGACAGGGUAUGUUUAAUGGCUCACUUUUUUCCUUUCUCACAAUUCAUGCGAAAUACAACACGUUAUAUCCAUCCGCGCAGGGAAACUGCUUUACUUUGGACAACGUUUCAACAUUAACAGCCAAAGGUUUCAAGAGGAAGCACAGAAACAGUUGGUCGGAGGUCCGGAGAGCAGCGGAAAACGAGUCGCAAGUGUGUAUCACGGCCUGAGGCCUCUCCUCUCCCCCACCCUACCUCUUAUCACAUCUGUAGCACGAGUGUCCGGGCGCUCGCAGGCUAAGGACAUCUUCCUAGCCCUCUACGGUGCAACAUUGGGACCAGUUGUCCACUGGUCUUCAGAUUCCCCUCAAGUCAUUAUCAAUCUGCCUAUUUCUCUCUACUUUGAUUGUCUCAGGCUGAUGUAUGAGCUUUGGAAAUGGUGCUGAACAUUUAUAAAUCCUUCUCCAGUCCCCUCUAACCCCUUUAAGCAAUAAUUGUACAGCAGUGAGUGAUGUAUUGAUGAUUUAGUGGGCCGUACUUUUAGGAUGCACAGGAAGUCCUCUCAUAGUGGAAAGUAUUGUACAGCUAUCAAACGAAAUCAAAAAGUGGCAUGUUUUUUUACUUUGAUUUGACAGUGUUUAUACUACUUUUAUUCUCGGGUGGACAUAAAUAGAUGAUUUAAAGGAAUAAUCGGGGGUAUUUUUUUUAUAUAUAUAUAUAUAUAUAUAUAUAUAUAAAAAGUUCAAGUUCUGUUGAAAAUAGAUUUGAGUUGUAAACAAAUCAUUAGAUUUAAAAGAUUUACAUCGCUAAUCUGGCAAUCCUUGUAUUGCAGGAGCAUCAGAUUUUGUCAAGCUUUUUGAUUUAUUUAUAUUUUUUAAUUCCGAAAGCUAGUGAAAUCUUACUCUCACACUGGGAAAAUACGUUGCCACACAUUAAUUUGUCUUUGUCACAACCCAGUGGCCACAGAGAGGUACUGCACCCUGAAGCGCUGCCUCUGAAAUACUGUAUGUGAUGUAGUUUGCGAGGACUAAAUAUGCUUGUCACGUGAUUGAUAAUGCUCUUUAGCUCAUUCUGCAUAAUUUAUGUUCUAUUUUGUUUGAUUUAAAAUAUUGUUGACUGAACAUCUUAUUUAUUAAUUUCAAAGAUAUAAGGAUUGCUACCGCAUCGAGUUUCCUGUUUUCCUUUGCAUUGAAUAGUUUUGUAAAUAGGAGUAUGAUUUUGAAUGUUAUCAAUUCAAGAGGAAUGAGAUUUUGUUUAGGUUCAGCUUUAUGGGUUUUGUAGUUAACACGUUUAAUGCUACUUAAAAGAAUUUUGAAUGACUUUUCCUCUUAAAUUUACCUCUAUUUUUGGUUUCUUUUAAUGUUGUCUUUAUGAUCUGUUGAAACGGGACAAAGGAAUUUCAGUGGGAACGACAAAAAAAAAAAUGGUGCUUGUGUGAAUUUCUUAGAGAGGCUAUGAAACGUUUUCUCAGGGAACAUCGAACAGGUGACAUCUUUGAAUUCAUCACCAGCACUGUCAUACAAUCGCAAAGUUUUAUACUCGUUUCCGCAAAUUUGCCAACAAAUGUAUGUAUUCCCAGUUAUUUUACUUCAAAAUCGUGUCCCGCUGUACAGUAUAUUAAAAAAAAAAUCUUGAGUUUGUUGGACUUUGUGCAUGGAGCAGCACCGACAGAUUUUGAUCAGCUAUUCUCGAGUGUUGUGUCUGUGGGCUCGAAAAGCAAAUGCACUAUUUUGGAUGACUUGAGUUGAAUAACUGCUAAAACUCAGGCUUUGUUACAGUUUUGAGGUUUGCUCAUGCGCAUGUGUGGAAAAAAAAAUGUUCCCACUCACUAACCUCACUAUAGACGAGCACCCUUUGUAAACCCGAACUGGUUUCCAGACAGGUUUCCUUUGCUUUGACACAUUAAUUGUACAGUAUUUAUUCAUCUCUAGCAUUCAUUUCCGUUUUCAACUGUGGUAUAGACUCAAUGUGUUUUCAAAUGCUGUGUUCUGUUCCUCCUCUUCAACAUUUCCCAGAGUUCUCUUUGGAAGUGAUGGCUUUUCUCCAAUGCAAUGUAUAUAAAAGAUGAGGGAAAUGUUUUGUAGAUCACACUGUUUUCCCCUUCCCUUUACCAAAUGUUAAGUGAUAAAACACUGUUCUACUGACAAA